AUGGCGCUUUACCCGGAAAGGCUUAGCCUCCUGGUGCAAAUCAGCCAGGGUCGAGAAGACCGUUGGAAGGUGCAACCACGCGAGUCGGAUGGAUAA